CGUAAGGAAUAUAAUAUGAUAGCAGCAGCAUAAACACGCCGUCUGUGCUUGCAGAGCGCUGCUUGGUGCAUCACUUUGGCCUGCAAGGGGUUAAGGUUUUUUGUAGUGGGAGGAACGUUGAGUGAGGAACUGGUAGGCCAUUGGCCGGAUUGUGGAAAGGGGCUGUACAGCCUGGAUAUAGGUGGCUAACCCACCAUUUCCUGCCUCUUUCAGUGUCUUCACGCAGGCAGUGCAAGUAUUGUUCAUUUAUUCACCACGGUAGUCGGAUCGGCAAUGGAAUCCGCCGGUGUAUCCACGAGUCGUUCGGUGGCCGGAGGCGCGGACGGCGUGCCCUCUCGAGCAGGUGAGUCUUCCUCGGACCCUGACUGGUCCAAGGGGAGCGCUAGCGGCUUGGGUUCGGGUACUCGCUCCAGCGCCUCUAGCAUAGGUAGCAGCGCAGGCAGGAUUUCCGGCAAGCGCAGUAGGCGCAGGCGUCGGGGCACAGAUUCCUCCCUUGCCUCUACUUCCUCGGAGGGUCUGUCCUCCUCAGAUGGCGGCUUGCACAGGGUGAAGCGUCGUAGACAACGCAAGCGGCGGUAUUCCACCUCGUCCGCGUCCCAAGUAUCGGUGGAAUCAGACACCGUGCACUGCGCCAAUACGGCGGUGCAACGUGGACUCAGGCCCCGGAUCCGGGACCGUAUCCGUAAGGGCCAAUAUGUGAACAUUUUUGCCCUUACCAGCGACGAUCGCAAAGCCUUGCUUUCGGCUAAGAAAAAGGGGCAGGGUAGCGAGGACACUUUGCGGUCCUACCAGAAUUGGGUCCGCUGCAUGUUGAUCUUUGCGGCGUGUUACCUAGAGACGCGCCCGGAUGAACAUAUGAACGUGGUGCGCUAUCAAUUUCUUAUACACGUUCUGUACCAUAAGUACAAAGGGUCUGCCUGGCGGCGCUACGACGAGGAUUUCCGACGCAAACAACAUGGCCGGGAGAUCUAUAACUUUGGUAAAAAAGACGUGGAAUUGUGCUCUGAACUGACACAAGGUCCGGCCGCCACAGAUGACGGCGGCUCGGCAAGACGAUGGGCAAAAAAACCUGCCUCUCGUUCUGCCGGCUUUCGCGGAGGCGCAGGGCGCGCGGGGCAUGGGAAAUGCUUCGCUUUUAAUAAUGCACAAUGCGACUUGGGGGGGCGAUGUCGUUUUCGCCACUCCUGUAUCAGAUGUGGCGGGGGCCACGGCAUUAAAGAUUGCCCCAGUCCUGGGACCGGAAGUGCUUUUGGCUCGCAGCCCCGACAGAGUCGCGCUCCCGCGGCCACCGGCGCUAGCCACAGCUCCCACCCCAAUUAGACUUUGCGCGCUCAUUCCCUGGCUGCGACGAUACCCGCGGUUGGGGGACGCCCGAUUUUUACACUCAGGUUUCGCGUCGGGUUUCCCCUUGCCGAUACAUGGACGGGUGGGUCCUGGGACGGGUACUAACCUGCGUUCGGCUCGGGAGUUUCCGGACGUGCUCCGGCACAAGGUAGGGGCGGAGGUUACCUUAGGGAGGAUGAUAGGCCCUUUCCGGGAGCCCCCCUUGCCAGACUUGGUCUUGUCCCCCGUAGGCGUAGUGCCCAAAAAGACAGCGGGCAAAUUUCGCCUCAUCCAACACCUUUCCUGUCCUGCGGGGUCCUCGGUUAAUGACGCUAUCCCUGCUGACCAGUGUAGGGUCGUUUACCUGUCCUUUGAUUCGGCCAUUGACACCGUACGGUCUUUUGGCCCAGGGGCAGUUAUGUGUAAGUUGGACAUCCAGUCUGCGUUUCGUCUCCUUCCGCUGCACCCUUCCGCCUUCAGGUUUAUGGGUUUUAAGCUGGACGAUGGGUACUACAUAGAUCGGUGCCUCCCUAUGGGUUGUUCUAUCUCUUGCGCCUACUUUGAGAGAUUCAGUUCCUUCCUCCACUGGUGUCUCCAGCAGGCAACGGGGGAACGGGGAAUUUCCCACUACUUGGACGAUUUUCUGUUUAUCGGCCCCUCAGACUCCCCUCGCUGCGUCAACCUGCUGCAGGGGGCUCUGGCCCUCUUUGCGCGCUUCGGGGUUCCGGUUGCACCAGAAAAGACGGAGGGACCCUCCGCCUCCUUGGUUUACCUCGGGAUCCAGAUUGAUACGGUCAGGGGUCUCUGUAGGCUUCCCUCGGACAAGGUGUUGCGUUUACGUGACGGUAUCAUAUAUGCGCUGUCCGCGGGCAAGCUCACUCUCAAACAGGCCCAAUCCCUAUUGGGCCUGUUUAACUUUGCUUGCAAAGUUAUCCCCAUGGGCAGGGUUUUCUGUAGAAAAUUGGAACGGGCUACCGUGGGGGUUAGACGCCCGCAUCAUUUCCUCAGGUUGUCCCUCGAAAUCCGUCGGGAUCUAAGCAUUUGGGACGAAUUUCUUGUUCGUUUCAACGGCACCUGUAUUUGGCAGGAGGCGAUCGUGUCUAGCCCGACCCUGGAGCUUUUCACGGACGCCUCCGGCGCUUUCGGGUUUGGCGCUUACUUUGCGGGUCGUUGGUGUGCCUCUCCUUGGCCGCAUGCCUGGCUUCGCAUGGGCCUCACUACGAACAUGCUGUUGCUGGAAAUUUUUCCUAUUCUGGUCGCUUUAGACUUAUGGCGCUAUGCCCUGCGUAAUAAACAUGUUGUCUUCUGGUGCGACAAUCUGGGCGUGGUUUUUGCCAUCAACCGCCAAAAAUCCACGUCCUUGCCGGUAUUGCGGGUCAUUGCGCAGAUAGUCUUGUUAUGCUUGGUCAACAACAUUACGUUGCGAGCAAAACAUGUCCCUGGCGUGCGUAACGAAAUUGCAGAUGCCCUGUCACGCGGCGAUUUGCAGCGAUUUAGGCGCUUGGCUCCUGCAGCUCUCCUCCAUGGGGAAUUAUGUCCUGCUUCUGUGUGGCAGGUCAUCCACCCGGAAUGGAGGCGUUAGCCCACAGGUCAUUGGCCCCUGCAACUUUUGCGGCCUAUCGGGCCGCCUGGGAGCGGUGGUGUCGCUUCAUCCGGGAGAGAGGCCAGUGUGGUAAGACCUCUCAUGAUUUACUUUUAGAUUACAUCUGGGUUCUGUACUCCGACGGUAUUUCGCGGGCGUCUGUUAACAGGGUUCUGGCGGGUAUCUCUUACUUUCUGCAGCUGCGGGGGGAAGCGGAUUUUACGAAGUCCUUUUUCCUCCGGCGGGUGUUGAAAGGUUGGGCUCGGGCCACCCCGCCCCUCCCGGAUACCCGCCAGCCGAUCACCGGUGCUUUGCUGAGGCGGAUUUUGGGAUCCCUACCGAGCAUUUGCUUUUCGGGAUACGAGGUUCGCCUCUUCCGGGCGGCCUUUACUAUGGCCUUCCACGGUGCGUUCAGGGUGGGUGAGCUGGUGUCCGUCUCUCGGGCUUCGGUCUCGCCCAUGCUGGAGGCCCACGUCGUCAUCCGCCCCGACGGUUUAUGGUGCAAAAUUCAGCGAUCCAAGACUGACGUAGCCGGCAGGGGGCAGUGGGUUCGAAUGGGUCCGGCUCGUGCGCGGGGCAUUUGUCCAGUUUCCGCGGCCCGGGCAUAUUCGUCCAUACGGCCUCCAACGCCCACCGGGUGGCUCGUCCACUGUGACGGCGCCCCGUUGACCAGAUAUCAAUUCCGGUCGGUUUUGGGGCGUUGUAUUUUGUACCUGGGUCUAUCUCCGGCCGACUAUGGGACUCACUCUUUCCGCAUCGGCGCUGCUUCAGCUGCCGCUGCGGCGGGUUGGUCCGAGGUCGAAGUCCGGGCACUGGGUAGGUGGAGGUCUGGUGCAGUCAGACGCUAUAUCAGGCCUUUUCCUCCCAGUGCGCCCCUUUGAGGACUAGCCGCUCGUCGCAGUUGCACUUGGUGAUUGCGGGGGCCUUGAGGAAUUUUUGUUUUAUCGUUGGUUUUAAUUUCGGCUUUUGCCGGCUAGCGAAGUUUCGUUUUUGCCUCAAGUCAAAUUGGGCGGCCCCCCCCCCCCCACACUCCCCCCCCGUUAGGGCUGCAGUCAGGUUUCUCAUUUACAUACCUUAUGUAUAUCAUUCCUAACCUUAGCACACCUUAUUUUGCAGGGCGGCGGUUAGAUCCGCACUUUCUAUGGUUUGUCGGCCAUUCCUACAUCUACUGGCUGUCCGUGUCGGCUCUGGCUUGCGACACCGCCCGGUUUCCGGAGCUGCAGGCUGUGCGCUGGUUGGGGCGUAGAGGCCUCCGCUGGGAUGGCCUGCGGGACUGGCUUCGGGCGGCAGUUGGCCGAUUUGGGUACCCCCUGAUUUUGGUCUUGCACCUGGGGGGCAAUGAUCUGGUACGCCGCUCUGGGCUCGACAUUCGCCUCGAAAUCAGGUGCCAGCUACUGGAACUCAUGGCUGACUGGCCGUUUUGCCUCAUCCUCUGGUCGGACAUCGUUCCUCGGCGGUCUUGGCGCGGAGCCUUUAACCCCGGGGCGAUUGACCUGGUUCGGAGGAGGGUCAAUUCGGUCGUUGGUCGUGCUGUCCUCCAGCAUGGCGGGCUGGUUGUGCCGCACGGUGGCAUUUCCUACCGUGACCCGACACAAUACCGGUCUGACGGGGUGCAUUUGUCCCCGGCUGGCAUGCUUAUCUUCCUGGAGGACAUUAUUUACAUUCUUAGGUCCCUAUAGAUAGCUCUUUUCUGUUCAUAGUUCAUUAAGUCUCUCUAGUUAGUUUUUCUGUUUUUGUUGUAUGGGUUUUUAGUUCGGUGGCGGUGGCAGGUUUGUAACCUGGCAGUUGGCCGGUUUUCAGAACGGUUACUUAAGUUUAAUGAUGAGUUCACAGUUAGUCAGUUUGGGUGUAUUUAUAGGUAAUUUAUAUCUUUUAGAAUUAGUUUACGGGCAUCAUUUUCACAAGUGGGCCCAUAUAAUUAGUAUAAAACAUAUGUGGAUGUCGGGGCCGGUGGCCCAACUUUUAUCCCGUAGGGGCGGAGCGUACCUCCGUCCCUGCAACCGUUGGGGGACAGGGGUAGUGGCAGAAGGUCGACCCCUGUCCUUGGAUUUUUGAUUCUCGAUGUCUGGGAUGGAGGCAGCAGGCCGAUCCCGGAACAUCUGGGGCAGGAGGCUCCCUAACACAUAUGUUUUUUACUGCUUGUUUUUAUAAUGUUUAUCACCCAUGUUACAUUUAUUAUGUUUAACCGUUCUUCUCCUCGCCACCUUUAGUUAGAGAGGGAAGUCUGCAUUUUAGUUUUAGUAUUUAAUAGGCCUCCCUCUCAGUCAGAAAAUAAAAGCUGACCCCUUUCACGCCAACUACAGUUGUGGUGUCUUUAUUUCAUAAGAUAAGUGUGCUUGAGUGGCGCGUGGAAGCAUCUGACGUGUGAGGUUUAAGACUGCGUAAGGAAUAUAAUAUGAUAGCAGCAGCAUAAACACGCCGUCUGUGCUUGCAGAGCGCUGCUUGGUGCAUCACUUUGGCCUGCAAGGGGUUAAGGUUUUUUGUAGUGGGAGGAACGUUGAGUGAGGAACUGGUAGGCCAUUGGCCGGAUUGUGGAAAGGGGCUGUACAGCCUGGAUAUAGGUGGCUAACCCACCAUUUCCUGCCUCUUUCAGUGUCUUCACGCAGCCCGCCCUCCCGCCCCCAAAAAAACCGGAACAGAGUUGGUUUUGGUUUUACUAUGGGGUUCUUUGUGUCGGCUUUCGGUGGCCGGUUUUCAGAACGGUUACUUAAGUUUAAUGAUGAGUUCACAGUUAGUCAGUUUGGGUGUAUUUAUAGGUAAUUUAUAUCUUUUAGAAUUAGUUUACGGGCAUCAUUUUCACAAGUGGGCCCAUAUAAUUAGUAUAAAACAUAUGUGGAUGUCGGGGCCGGUGGCCCAACUUUUAUCCCGUAGGGGCGGAGCGUACCUCCGUCCCUGCAACCGUUGGGGGACAGGGGUAGUGGCAGAAGGUCGACCCCUGUCCUUGGAUUUUUGAUUCUCGAUGUCUGGGAUGGAGGCAGCAGGCCGAUCCCGGAACAUCUGGGGCAGGAGGCUCCCUAACACAUAUGUUUUUUACUGCUUGUUUUUAUAAUGUUUAUCACCCAUGUUACAUUUAUUAUGUUUAACCGUUCUUCUCCUCGCCACCUUUAGUUAGAGAGGGAAGUCUGCAUUUUAGUUUUAGUAUUUAAUAGGCCUCCCUCUCAGUCAGAAAAUAAAAGCUGACCCCUUUCACGCCAACUACAGUUGUGGUGUCUUUAUUUCAUAAGAUA